AUGGCAGCCUUCUCCACCCCAGCAUCUCUCAGGCAGCUCAUCCGCGUUAAUGCUCCUGCACAGCUCCUUUCCCUCGAAAAUAAACUGCAGCAUCUUCUGAACCUUGGGAAUCCUGCUCGAGCCUCCAACCAGAACGACAUCAUGGAUGGCAGCCUUCUCCACCCCAGCAUCUCUCAGGCAGCUCUCUACAGGCUCGGCGCAUUUUUCGAACAGGUCCAUGUUGAGAUCCUCGAAUUUAGCGCGGGUAAUGCUAGAGUGAUAGUCAAUCCCCUCGUGCAGACACUCAACGUCCACAUUGUAUUGGUCAAGAGAACCCUCUUCGCCCUCUCGCAAGCUGUCCUCAGCCUCCGUAGGGCCCGCAGGUUUUCAGAAAGGUCCUUGUUGUACUUGCGCUUGAACUCUUUGGCAAAGUGA